AUGCGAAUUUCUCUCCAAGGUUAUCUGCAAGCAAAAAGAUUAUUACAACCGAUAUUAUUAUUAUGGAAAAACAUGAUUCAUUUGCUAACACUACGAGACGCGAGUGAACCUGACCCUGGUAACAGUGAUCGCGAAAAAUUAAAAAGAUCACGUGGAGCUGCUCGACCAACAUUGGCUAUUUCUACCAUUGGCAAAGAUCUAUAA